AUGAGUUUUCAUAAUUUGUUGAGGGUUCCUCUCAUUUUUAUUAUGGACGAACUCUUUAAAAGUAGUUUUGGACUUCCAGAAUUGGCCGAUAUAAUGUUUCCUGUUAAUAGUACACUAAAUCAAAUUGAAAUUGAGCAGUCCACACAAUACUAUGCAGCCUUCAUCAAAAUAAUAGUAUCAUGUCUAAUGUUUUGUUCAUCAUUGUAUUUAUUGACUCUACCUGCCAUGUGCUUGAUUCCAGUGUACCUUUAUGUAGUUUCUUUUUAUGUUGUACUUGUUUCUUACUGGGAAAACAUGGAAACACUAUUAUUUUUAUCAGGAAAAUACAAAAACUUUAAAAUAGAAACUACAAAUGAACUCAUAACAUGGGAUCUAUAUGAAUAUAUGAUUAUUUUCAUACAAUUAUACCCUCGAUUAUACAAGUUAUUCCACAGUAUAAUACUACAGUUUUGUCUAUCACUAGCAUUUUACAUUUUACAAUUUUUUACUACAGGUCAUUCAAUUCAUAAAGUUUUCAGGUAUAGCUUUAUUAUUCCUACUUUAAUUGCAUCAAUUCCCAAUACAAGUAGGAUUUUAAAUACAGUAAUCAUCCUAUCAACAUCGUUGCAAUUGUUUAUUUUGCUGAGAACAUUAUGGCUAAAUAUAUUUAAUAUAACAAAUUUAAUUCGGAGUGGAUAUAACCGUACACAAGAGUUCCUCAAUGAUCAUGGAAUAUUGACCCUGAUUGAAGGUGAAUGGUAUCGUCUAAAAAUUCCUAGUGUUCUUCAAAUGUUUUGGGCAAUACGAGUACUGAUACAAAUUAUAUACCUGUCAACUAAUACAGAAAUAAAAAAUUUAACAGUGUUUGAAACUGUGAAGUAUUUGUUAAUUAAAGGAUGUAACACAUGUACAGCAGUUUUAGGAAUGACUAGCUUUAUUUCCUACUUUUAUGAUAGAAUAGGAGCAUUUUUCCAAUGGAUCCUCCUGAUUGAUGAAGCGGAUGUAUUACAUGAUUGUGGUGUACUUACUGCAUUAUUUUUUAUUUUACAAGCUAUGCAAUCUGGACUAACAGGCUUGGAUCCAGAAAACCGCUUGAUAAAAGUAUAUCAACAUGUUUAUCAAAAUUCUGUUAUCCUACAGGAUUACAUCUAUAACAUGGUUGAUCAAUCAUUAAUACAAUUGAGUGGUUCUCACAAUCGUUCACUCAAUAGGCAUUCAAGAGCUCUUUUAGUUUGCGGAUGUCUUAUAGUGAUGGCAGUAUCUUCUUUAAACUUUGCGUUGUCCCACCAUUCAGUUAGUCAUUGGUUACUAAUAGUUUCUGUUUCGAAUAUUUUAUCUAUUAUAAAAGUAUUGGAGUCGUUAACUGUCUAUUCAUUAUUAUUAAUUGAUUCCAAUAGCUCAACAUAUUGGGAGAAUAUAGAUGAUUAUGUAUACUAUAUCAAAUCAUUUGGAAGUAUAUUGGAAUUCUGUUUAUUCAUUUUCGUUUCUCUGAAUGAUGUUUACAAUUGGGUUUUUGUAUCUGGUGGUAUAAUCCGUGCUUUUAUGUUCUGUGCCCAAACAUAUUCCAAAUUGUGUUUAGCCAUGGUUGAAUGGGAAAUAUUCAUUAAACGCCGUAUGGCUGUGCAAAAAAUUGAAUCAUUACCAGAUGCAACUAGUGUUCAAUUGUCUGAAUUUGAUGAUGUUUGUGCCAUAUGUUAUCAACAAAUGAGAUCAGCAAAAAUAACUAAUUGCAAUCAUUAUUUCCACAGUGGAUGUCUGCUUAAAUGGAGCUAUUUACAGGAUGUUUGCCCGUUGUGUCAUAGUAUUUAUAACAAGGCAGAAAUGUAA